ACAAAAAAUUUAAAUUUAAUAAAGAGUUGGCACCUUGCAGCUCUAGCUAGCUCCAUUCCUUCAACGAUGUCCCUACACACUCUGCCUAUUCUAUUCUUCAACCUGGGAGGGGAGAUGCUCUACAUACUGGACCAGAGGCUCAGAGCACAAAAUAUUCCUCCAAAGAAAUCUGUUAAAGUCAUGAGGGAUAUUGUGGGUCAGAUGUUUGAUGCUCGAUGUGUGAAGGAGCUGUUUCGUCCACAGCAGGCGUUCAGUAAGAAGUCUCUGAGGACAGUGUUUGAUAGGUUAGCCCACGCCUCCAUCAUGAAGCUCAACACCACUGCUAUGGACAAGCUAUACGACCUCAUGAUAAUGGCGGUGAAGUAUCAGAUACUUCUGUGCAGACGAGCUGAAGAUGUGAUCCUGGUCACCCUCAACCACUUGGAUACUAUUCGUGCUCUCGUUGGUGACUCUGAUAAUCACUCCAUCAUGCUCAACUCUGCCUGCAAGACUAUCGGGAAUCAUUACGGGCACUUCAGCUCAGCUGACCUCAUUCUUCUGCGCAAUUCACUACUGACAGUUUUCCAGGACAGUCACAAGAGAGUGUCUGUGUUUUUGAAGAGUAAUGCCCAGCAAAUCAAUGGCCGUUUCUUCAUCUCUAUGGGAGGCCCUGUGCCGUCUGGGUUUGAGGUCCCUGGUACAAUCAGGUACUAUGGAGAGGAUGGUGCAAAGGUGAGUGAGGAGGACUUUGCCUCGCUGGCGUUAUACGAAGCAGCGGAGGAAGCUGGAUCAUGGGAGAUUGUAGGGAACAGGGUCAUCACUCUUGGAACUAACAUGUAUGCAGCUGACAGUGUGUCUGAGUCAGACAAGGAGUCUAGGGAUGAGCCACAUGAUGAGGACACAGCUCCACAGGCUCCCAAGUCUGAUGGUGAUCCAGUGAUGAGGGCUGAGCUACAGCUGUUGGAGAAACUGAUUAUGGGCAUCAGGGAACCUCCCUCCUCUGAGGACAGUUUCAGGCUCCAGUUGUUCCCUGAUGACAAUGAACAAGACAGGCCAUCCAAGAAAAACAAAUCUUCCGUUACUGUGGUUCAGAUUAGUCCUUCAAAGAAAGGAAAGGACGAGCUUCAUAAAAUCAUGCAAGAUCUAACAGUCCAGGAUACUGCACAAGGACCAUACGAUGAUGAUGAUCUAUUGGAUUUAAUGGACAGUGUUUCUUAGGAUGUAGAAACUCUGUAUAUAGGCAACCCGGUCACUAUUUUCUGUAAUUGGUAAAGAUACAUGUAUAUUGUUGAUAGCUGGUAAGGAUCAUCACUUACAGUAAUUGUAUAUUGUGUCUGGUAAA